GUUCGUAAACACAAUCAUUAUGCUUCGUACUCAUUCGUAAACAGAAACCGAAACCGUUUUGUUGUUGUGUACUUCUUUGUUAGCUUCCAUUCUUCUUUGUAAUUUUCUUCGUGUCGCUUGGUUCAGUGUCUAUCCCUCUAAUCCUCUAAUGACAGAGAUUUAAUAUUACCAAUUAAAUAAACCCGAAUAGAUAGAAAUACUGUGAUUCAAAUUGUACUUUAAGAAACGCAUUAAUUAGUUUUUUGCACAUUUGCAUUUUUUACGAUAUUAAUAUGUUAUGCUGCUUGUGCUUAAAGGAAUCAAAUGAUGCUACAAAUAUCUUUGAAAAUUCCAGGCAGGACAUUGCAAAGAUUUUGGCAAUACAUUUUUGGUUUGAACCCCUCAAGGAUGACCCAGCGUACUCAGCCAUUUGUACGGUUUGUUGGGGAAAACUUAUGGAUUUUCAUGAAUUCUAUGAAAUGGUGGAACAAGCACAUCGGCGUUAUAAGGAACCCGAAAUUAUUACAGUGAAAACAGAGGCAGGUCCCUUAGAAUACUCAUCAAGCAAAGAUGAGCCCAUCGGAGAACUUGAAGAAUUAAUGAUGGAAGUGCCGGAAUCAUUGAAUAAGACGUCCGAUGAUGUCCCAGAUACAAACGAUGAUCAGUCUUGUGACAGUGACAAGUUCGACUUCUUCACCAAUGAAUCACAACAUUCGGAUCCUUUUGAUGAUGCAGACGGCAAGGAACAUUCACAGGACUUCACAGGUCCAAUCUCAACAGCAGAAUCACAAAAAAGUCAUGAAAGUGCAGCGGAGAACGACUUAAAACUUGAGGCACCGGUUCCUGAGAAACGUAAAAGAGGCAGAAAGCCUAAAAAUAAAAGUGAAACUUCUUGUAAGGAAGGAUCACAGAUUAAAUCUAGAAAACCGAAAUCUGCUAAAGACAAGGCAAUCAACAAACCGGAAGAGGAAAGUGCAUACAAAAUAAAAAUGAAAUCUUUCGAUGAAGAAAUUGCCCAGUAUAUGGGACUGCAUUGUGAUGUUUGUAAUAUAGCUGUAGAAAAUUUCGCAGGUGUAAAGAAUCACAUGCGAACAGUUCAUAACAUCGAAAAUGGCUACGUGAAGUGCUGCGACAAAAUGUUCUACAAAAGAGCAAAUCUGUUACAUCAUAUACGCCAUCACGUUGAUCCGAACUGCUACAGAUGCGAUGAAUGUAAUCAAAUAUUUUCGGAUUACCAAUCUCUUCGCAACCACAACUUUAUUAAACACCAGAAAGAAGAGGAUAAAAUAUACGCGUGCAAUGAGUGUCCCAAAAAAUUUGCCAAAAAAUAUCUUUUGGAACAACACAGAACGUUUAAGCAUAAAGAUCGCUUCAAACAAUGCAAAACAUGCAAUAGAAGAUAUAAAACUCUGGAGGAGCUCCAAGAACAUAACAAAGAACCUUGUGCUGGAGGCAGAAUGUGUGAUAUUUGUGCUAAAGUCAUAUUUGGUCCCAGUGCCUUUGUGCGGCAUCAAAUGGAACACAACGGUCAGGCAAAAGUACAAUGUGAUUUAUGUGGUUCAUGGCACAAAGACAAGUAUGCAUUGCGGAAACAUAAACGUCGCCACAUGCAACCAAAAACGCCACAUGUUUGCGAUAUUUGCAAUAAGAUAUCACCAAGUCGAGAUGCCAUGGAAAGUCAUAAAAAAUAUGCCCACCGAACCCCGGACAAGGCAUUCGAAUGUGAGUUUUGCAAGAAAUGCUUUAAGCGUCCACGAUCCCUGAAGGAGCAUUUAAGUACGCACACAGGUGAAUUUUUAUACACCUGCCCGCACUGUCCAAAAACAUUUAAUUCUAAUGCCAAUAUGCAUUCACAUCGUAAAAAUGUUCAUCCCGUAGAAUUUGAGGAAGCACGUAAGCGAAGAAAACGUGUUGGUUAUUUAGGAGAUCAGCUUCCAAUUAUCGAACCCCACAAAGUUGCAACCAAUAAUGCAACUGACACAGGGACCGAUAAUAGCAAUUCCAUAGUUAAUGUCUCUCCGGAUAAGUCAAAUGAUAUUACAAUGCUUUAAAAUAAAAAUUGUACCGAUAAAGA